ACGUAACAGACAUGCCGAUCUGGAUCACCCUGCUUAUGGCUUUUGGGGUUAUGAACCUCUCCCUGUCUGGAAUGAAUUUUCCUCUUCCAAAAAGCUGCAAAGAGAUCAAGGAAAGAUAUAAUAUGGCACAAGACGGUGUCUAUUACCUGAGCACGCCAGACGGGAUCAUGUAUCCGACGUACUGUGACAUGACGACUGACGGAGGCGGAUGGACUCUGGUGGCCAGCGUUCACGAGAAUGACAUUAAAGGGAAAUGCACCAAGGGCGAGGUCUGGUCGAGUGAAACAGGUGGCGACAGUCCAGAUGGAGGCAAAGCCUGGAGUAACCUUGUCACAUUCGGCACCACAGAAGCUGCAACCAGCGAUGACUACAAGAAUCCUGGGUAUUACGCCAUCAGAGCGGAGAAUGUGGCGGUGUGGCAUGUUCCUAAUGAUACGCCGAUGGGUCAGUGGGAAAAAGCGGCGUUCCUGCGCUACCACACUGAGACCGGAUUCCUCACCGACUAUGGAGAAAACCUCUACAAUCUCUUCAGUGAAUUCCCGGUGAAGGAAUUCGGUUCUGCCUGCAGUGUUAACUAUGGCCCCACUGUUCCUGUAACGUACGACACGGGGAACGCUACAUUCACCCUGGAGCUGUACGGACCGAAUGGGCGUGGACACUCACAGUUCUGUAUUGGAGGACGUGGCCGUAUUUCAGGCUACACUCCACCUGAGUGCGGUGACUUUGGUGCUUUAGCCUCGGACAAUUACGGCAAUAAUCCUGAGUGGAGAGCCAGUGCGCAGAAGAUCGAGGCGGCGGUGCUCAUCUUCUACCGCUGA